AUGGAGUCUCGAGAGAAAAAAAUCCAAACUAUAAAGUAUAAUCAUCUUCUUCCUUUUCCUCCUCUACUUCCUCUUCCUCCUCUACUUCCUCUUCCUCCUCUACUUCCUCUUCCUCCUCUACUUCCUCUUCCUCCUCUACUUCCUCUUCCUCCUCUACUUCCUCUUCCACUUCUUCGUUCUCUAUUUUCUCUUCCCUGCUAUUCUCUUUGUACUUCUUAUACCUUUUUCUUUUUCGCUUCCGCUUCUUCUUCUUCUUAUUAUUAUUAUUAUUAUUAUUAUUAUUAUUAUCUGACAAUACCUCCUGCUCUUCCGCUACUCCUCCUCCUCAUUCUUUUUCUUCAUUCUUUUCUUAAUUUCUUCUUCGUUUGUUUUUCUGUCUUCUCUUUCUUUUCUUUCUUUUUCACCUCACCUCUCCUUUUUCUUUUUAUUCUACUACUGAUGCUGUUCUAUAAUUUCUUCUUCUUCUUCUUCUUCUUCUUCUUCUUCUUCUUCUUCUUCUUCUUUUCUGAUAAGACCUCCUCAUUUUCCAUUAACUUGUCAUUCUUUUUCAUCAUUCUCUCCUACCUUCUUUCUCGGUUUAUUUCCGGCUUCCUCCUUCUUGAUCCUUAUUAUUAUUAUUAUUAUUAUUAUUAUUAUUUGACAAUACCGGCUGCUCUUCCUCUACUCUUCCUCCAUUUCAUUCUUUUUCUUCUUCGUUUGUUUUUCGUUCUUCUCUUUCUUUCUUUUUCGCCUCCACCACUCCUUUUACUUCUUCUUCUAUUGCUGAUGCUGUUCUAUAAUUUCUUCUUCUUUUCUUCUUCUUCUUCUUCUUCUUCUUCUCUGAUAAGACCUCUUCCUUCUCCACUAACUUGUCAUUCUUUUUCAUCAUUCUCCUCUACCUUCUUUUUCGUUUUAUUUCCGGCUUCCUACUUUUUGAUCGUCUGUUUAUUCAUUUUUUGCCUUUUUUUUCUUCUUCUUCUUCUUCUUCUUCUUAUUAUUAUUAUUUAUUUAUUUAUUUAUUUAUUUUUCAAUCUCUCUUUUCUUCUUCUUCAUCUUUAA